UUUAUGUUUUUUUUUUUUUGUUUUUUUUUUUUGGUGUACUAGUCUGGCCAGUCACCUUGACAACAUUAGCCCAAUGACAGCGCGCACGCAAACUAGGCCAGCCAAUCAGAGGCGUCUUGCAAAGCUGUAUGUCAUUUUCCGCCCCGAUCGCAUCCUGCGCUGUGUUUUUGUUUUUGUGUCUGUGGAUCGCGAUGAAAUCUCGUGGUGUGCACGCGGAGGAGACCCACGCCGUGACCCCCCGCUGAUGAGGACUCCGGAAAAGCGGAGUUUGGGACUCGCGUGCUGCUGGAUGAGGCUGUUGGUGACACAGACCGUGUCGGCGCAUCUUCACAGACAGGCGUCCUCCUCCCCUCUCCCCCUCUCCUGGCUGCAGAGAGCCGAUCAUGGCCCUGGUGACUCUGCAGCGCUCUCCCACCCCCAGUGCAGCAUCCUCGGCCAGCACCACCAACAGCAGCGCGGGGCAAGAUUUUGGAAGUGAUGAUGACCGGAAAAAUAAUCAAAGCCUCAGUGAGAGCUUCUUUAUGGUCAAAGGAGCCGCCCUCUUCCUCCAGCAGGGCGGCACUACACAGGAACCAAAGACCCCGACCCAGCACAAACAUGCAGGUGACCUACCUCAACACCUGCAGGUUAUGUUCAAGAUCCUGAGGUCGGAAGAUCGUAUAAAGCUGGCUGUACGGUUGGAGAGCGGGUGGUCAGAACGUGUGCGAUACAUGGUUGUCAUCUAUACCAAUGGAAACCAAGACACAGAAGAAAACAUUGUCGUGGGAAUGGACUUUACGGACAAGGACAGUAAAAGUUGCUCUAUUGGGAUGGUGCUACCGCUGUGGAGUGAUACGAAUAUACAUUUAGACGGUGAUGGUGGUUUCAGUGUGAACACAGCAGGGCGUUCGCAUGUCUUCAAGCCUGUAUCUGUGCAGGCCAUGUGGUCCGCCCUGCAGGUCCUCCACAAGGCCUGCGAGGUGUCGCGCCGCUUCAACUAUUUCCCAGGGGGCCUUGCUCUCACGUGGAUGGCUUUCUACGAGAGCUGCGUCUCCUCAGAGCAAAGCUGCAUCAAUGAGUGGAAUGCUAUGACCGACCUGGAGACCACACGGCCUGAUUCACCUGCCAUGUUUGUGGACCGGCCAACUGAACGAGAAAGAACAGAGUGUCUUAUUAAAGCCAAGCUACGCAACAUCAUGAUGUUCCAAGAUCUGGAGAACAUCACCUCUAAGGAGAUACGUAAUGAGCUUGAGCAGAAUAUGAGCUGCAGUCUGACAGAGUACAAAGAGUUCAUUGACAACGAGAUGCUCUUAAUCCUGGGGCAGAUGGACAAGGCAACACUUAUCUUUGAUCAUCUAUACUUGGGAUCUGAGUGGAACGCCUCCAAUCUGGAGGAGCUACGUGACUGUGGAGUCGGUUACAUCUUGAAUGUGACCAGAGAGAUUGAUAACUUCUUUCCAGGAAUGUUUGAGUAUCACAAUGUGCGUGUGUAUGAUGAGGAUGCGACCGAUCUGCUGGCACACUGGAACGACACCUACAACUUCAUAGUCAAAGCCAAGAAAAAUCAUUCCAAGUGCCUGGUGCACUGUAAGAUGGGGGUGAGCCGGUCUGCUUCUACGGUUAUUGCCUAUGCGAUGAAGGAGUACGGCUGGUCUCUGGACAAAGCCUACAAUGCCGUCAAGCAGAAACGGAGCAUAGCUCAGCCAAAUGCUGGUUUCAUGAAACAGCUGGCAGAGUAUGAAGGCAUCCUGGAUGCCAGUAAACAGCGCCACAACAAGUUGUGGAGGCCAGAAACAGAUGACGAGGUGUCUGAUGAAUUACAAGCUUCUGGUCACAGUGGAGAGGAGACACCAGGUCUUACAGCCUCCUCCCAGGAGGAGGAUGAAGCCUGGGGAGGAUGUGGGGCAUCUCCCUGUAGAGGCAUUGGUCUUGAAAUGGAACCCCUUGACUGUCUAAACUACAACUACUAUUUUAGACGUCUGUCUGACUCCGCCCUGGACAGCGAGCCCUCCACCCCGGUGCGGGGUCCCCCACUGUUGGGGAUGGAGAGAGUUUUCAUUGAGAUUGAAGAUGUGGAACGAGAUGCCUUGCUGGAGGAUGAGGGCUUUCCCAUGGCUCACUUAGCUCUGCCAGGUGAGGGCACAGCUGCUCAGACUUGUGGGCGCCUUGACCCCUUGGAGGACAUGAGGCUGAGGCUCGAGUUCAGUACUUUAGAAGAGGAAGACGAAGAGGAGGCCAAGAAAGAGGAAGCUGAGAUGGCAGCUUUGGCUCAAACACCUGGACAUUCAGGUGGGAAGAAGACAGGUGAGGAGGUUAACAGGGGGGAAGAAAGUCGGUUAGGACUGGCCAACAACAACACCAACAACAGCAACCGCCUAGCUGCCAAGCGCAGCUGCCCUGCAGCCUUUGAUGACAGUGGUAGCACAGGAAACCCUUUGAAAGUGAAGCCUUCAUAUCAAUCCUGUAAAGACUGCCUGCGUCUACCACAAGGGCGGCGCUGUGAUCGUCCAGCAGGAGGACGCACCCACCGCCUUAACCCCUCUCGUCACUGUGCAGUCCCCACUAUAUGCAUAGAUCCACCUGGGACCAAUUUUACUUCCAAUCCAGUUCUGCCAUCUGUGCCAGCCCCGACGGUUGUCCCACCUUACUUGAUCCAUCCCUGCGGCCACCUCUGCUGCUGUGCCACGUGUGCCCCAAUUCCACCUGUCCCAAUCAUCCAUCCCAAACUGUCCUCGCCCAUGUGCUGUGAGGAAACCUCUCAUGAUUCUAGUUUCCUGGAAACAGAGGAUGUAGAUGAGCCACAGGCCAAUGAGAUCAAUACUUUGGCAAAUGUUAAUGUCUUAAUGCUACAACCCGGUCCACACAUGGAGUCAUCUGUUGGUACACUGGAGCUCCAGCAGCAGGCACUCGCUCAGCUGCAAAUGCCAUCACUUGGAAUAGGAUUUAGUUUGGAGAUGAUGCAACAGAGGGGGGAGCAGCUUGAUAAUUUGCCAAACUUGACCAUGGAAGGCCAGCUCCCUGUGGGACCCCUGCCUUAACGCAGUGACCUGAGCAUGGCUUGGAGUGAAAACAAGGCUUUCCACUGGCGCCGCCAGGAUCACUAGAUUAUUUCUGACUUUUUAGAUGCCCGCUGCUGUGCUGUUGUCAAAGAAAUGAAGCUGUGAUCGGACUCUCACAGAACAGCUUUUUAUCUCAAGCUGUCAGGUCUCUUCUUUUACAGUGUGUGCGCUGUGCCUGAUGGGACGUCCACAAGAUUGAGAUUCAGAUGAGGUUGGUUGUUUUGCCCAUAUUCAAAAGGUUUAGCAAACUAUGGAGUUUAUGCUGCCAUCCACACUCUGUGAUGAGGCCCAUCUGUAUGUUUUUUUUGAAUCACUAGAAUUCCUCUUAGCUCUCAUGAAGGACAUCCUAGCAGAACACUGUCAUUUCCACAGAAUGUCACAUGACUGACGAAUAUCACCCUGGCCUAGCAUGUGAAUAAAGGAUCUUACCCAAUACUCACAGACACAAUCCCAUGACUAAUGGGACAGACUACACAGACCUGAACCAAACCCACAGCGUUAAUACAACCUAACUCUAAUCAUAACCUUAAUCUAACCUGGUUACUGUCUGUUUUUAAAAUAAACAAUAAAUUAUGGUUCCAUAAAGAAUCAAACUCACAUGUUCUAAAGCGCAUAACUUUGCUAUUUACAAGACACUUAAUGUGAGCGUAGCGUGAAAACUGGUUGUAUGUGAUCAUUUACUUGGUCAUGUUCUUAAUUGUGAUACUUUCAUCACAUUUGGACUCUCAGUAAUGCAGCUAUAUUGUUGUGCUGCUUUAUCCAAGCUCAAACUUGAAUUCUCAAUGCAACAAGUGAUGCGUGAUGGGCAGCCACUUUCAGCUUUAAUCCAACUAAUGUGUUCAAUUUGGAUAAAAGCUAUGGAAAACAAAUACAACCAUUCAUUUUCAUGUAAACACUCAGUGGAAUGCACUGUUUCAUGCUUUGUCUGAGGGAGGCAUCAGUUGAAGCUGUUAGUGAUAUCUUGUGUCUCUCAAGCUUCCAACAGUUACAACAGUGAAUCCAAUACUUGUGACUAUUGACACUCAAAAUAGCUUUUUUCCCCCUUGCAAAACACUUUGUUAGGCUUUUAACCCUAUAUAAUGAAGGUAAAAGUCAAAGGACACACCGCUCGAUCACAUAUUUAAUCUACAGCAGUUUCACAGAAAAUGUUAUAUUAA